CGCUCCCAGACUACUCCGUUCCUCCGGAUUUCGAUCCCCCUUUUCUAUCUGUCAAUCAGCGCCGCCUUUGAACUGAAAAGCUCUCAGUCUAACUUCAACUCACUCAAAUCCGAGCGGCACGAGCUCCUCCUGUAUCUUCGGCUUCCCCCCCCUUUGCUCUUUAUAUCUGACUUCUUGUUGUUGUUGGUGUGUUUUUUUACCCCCCUUUUUUAUUUAUUAUUUUUUUGCACAUUGAUCGGAUCCUUGGGAACGAGAGAAAAAAGAAACCCAAACUCACGCGUGCAGAAGAUCUCCCCCCCUUCCCCUCCCCUCCUCCCUCUUUCCCCUCCCCAGGAGAAAAAGACCCCAAAGCAGAAAAAAGUUCACCUUGGACUCGUCUUUUUCUUGCAUUAUUUUUUUUUGGGGGGGCAAAACUUUUUGGGUUUUUUUUUUUUUUUUGGUUUUUCUUCCUCCUUCAUUUUUCUUCCAAAAUUGCUGCUGGUGGGUGAAAAAAAUGCCGCAGCUGAACGGCGGUGGAGGAGAUGACCUAGGCGCCAACGACGAACUGAUUUCCUUCAAAGACGAGGGCGAGCAGGAGGAGAAGAGCUCCGAAAACUCCUCGGCAGAGAGGGAUUUAGCUGAUGUCAAAUCGUCUCUAGUCAAUGAAUCAGAAACGAAUCAAAACAGCUCCUCCGAUUCCGAGGCGGAAAGACGGCCUCCGCCUCGCUCCGAAAGUUUCCGAGAUAAAUCCCGGGAAAGUUUGGAAGAAGCGGCCAAGAGGCAAGAUGGAGGGCUCUUUAAGGGGCCACCGUAUCCCGGCUACCCCUUCAUCAUGAUCCCCGACCUGACGAGCCCCUACCUCCCCAACGGAUCGCUCUCGCCCACCGCCCGAACCCUCCAUUUUCAGUCCGGGAGCACACAUUACUCUGCGUACAAAACGAUUGAACACCAGAUUGCAAUUCAGUAUCUUCAGAUGAAAUGGCCACUGCUGGACGUUCAGGCGGGGACCCUCCAGAGCAGACAAGCCCUCAAGGAUGCCCGCUCUCCGUCGCCAGCACACAUUGUUCAGUGCCCCCUCCCUUGCUGCACUCAGGGACAUGACUGUCAGCACUUCUACCCCCCCUCAGACUUCACUGUCAGCACUCAAGUCUUCAGGGACAUGAAAAGGAGCCACUCCUUACAAAAGGUUGGGGAGCCCUGGUGUUUGGAGUCGAACAAAGUGCCGGUUGUGCAGCACCCUCACCAUGUCCACCCUCUCACGCCUCUUAUCACGUACAGCAAUGAACACUUCACGCCGGGAAACCCACCUCCACACUUACCAGCUGACGUAGACCCCAAAACAGGAAUCCCACGGCCUCCGCACCCUCCAGAUAUAUCUCCGUAUUACCCACUCUCGCCUGGCACCGUAGGACAAAUCCCCCAUCCGCUAGGAUGGUUAGUACCACAGCAAGGUCAGCCCGUGUAUCCAAUCACGACAGGAGGAUUCCGUCAUCCCUACCCCACAGCUCUGACUGUCAACGCUUCCAUGUCCAGCUUUCUGUCUUCUAGGUUCCCUCCCCACAUGGUCCCACCCCAUCACACUCUACACACGACUGGCAUCCCUCACCCGGCCAUAGUCACGCCAACAGUCAAACAGGAAUCCUCCCAGAGUGACGUCGGCUCACUCCAUAGCGCAAAGCAUCAGGACUCUAAAAAGGAAGAAGAGAAGAAGAAGCCCCACAUAAAGAAACCUCUUAACGCGUUCAUGUUGUAUAUGAAGGAAAUGAGAGCAAAGGUCGUAGCUGAGUGCACGUUGAAAGAAAGCGCAGCCAUCAACCAGAUCCUGGGCCGAAGGUGGCAUGCACUGUCCAGAGAAGAGCAAGCGAAAUACUACGAGCUGGCCCGGAAGGAGCGACAGCUUCACAUGCAGCUGUACCCCGGCUGGUCCGCACGGGAUAACUAUGGGAAGAAGAAGAAGAGGAAAAGGGACAAGCAGCCCGGGGAGACCAAUGAACACAGCGAAUGUUUCCUAAAUCCUUGCCUUUCACUUCCUCCGAUUACAGACCUGAGCGCUCCUAAGAAAUGCCGAGCGCGCUUUGGCCUUGAUCAACAGAAUAACUGGUGCGGCCCUUGCAGGAGAAAAAAAAAGUGCGUUCGCUACAUACAAGGUGAAGGCAGCUGCCUCAGUCCACCCUCUUCAGAUGGAAGCUUACUAGACUCGCCUCCUUCCUCCCCCCACCUGCUAGGCUCCCCUCCCCAAGACGCCAAGUCACAGACUGAGCAGACCCAGCCUCUCUCGCUGUCCCUGAAGCCCGACCCCCUGGCCCACCUCUCCAUGAUGCCUCCGCCGCCCGCCCUCCUGCUUGCGGAGGCCGCCCACGGCAAGGCCCCCGCGCUCUGCGCCAACGGGGCCCUGGACCUGCCCCACGCCGCGCUGCAGCCUCCCGCCAUCCCCUCCGCAUCUCUGGCACAGCCGUCAACAUCUUCCUUACAUUCCCACAACUCUCUGGCCGGGACCCAGCCCCAGCCGCUCUCCCUGGUCACCAAGUCUUUAGAAUAACUUGACCCUCCUGAGCCUGGUUGCUUUGUGUAGUGUUGCGUUUUGCUUUUCUUUCUUUCCCAGCCUCCCCCCCUCCCCCACCUUGUUCUGUUUUGUACUCUUUUAAGUUUGUGCCACGUGGCUACAUUAGUUAAUGUUUAUCGAGUUCAUUGGUCAAUAUUUGACCCAUUCUUAUUUCAAUUUCUCCUUUUAAAUAUGUAGAUGAGAGAAGAACCUCAUGAUUCUACCAAAAUUUUUAUCAACAGCUGUUUAAAGUCUUUGUAGCGUUUAAAAUAUAUAUAUAUAUACAUAACUGUUAUGUAGUUCGGAUAGCUUAGUUUUAAAAGACUGAUUAAAAAACAAAAAGGAAAAAAAAGAAGCAAUUUUGAAGCAGCCCUCCAAAAGGAGUUGGUUCUGUAUUAUUUGUAUUAAAUACGAGCUUGCGAACCAAUCAUUUUACAUCUGGUUUUUAAACCAUAAGGGCACAACGAAUGCAGUGCCAUUUACUUUGGGUUUUUUUUUUUUUUCCUGUGUGAAACAACUUUUAUUGUGAUGUUACUUGUUAUUGUUUAAAUGUACAGAAACAAAGGGUUAAAAUGUGUUAAUAUACCUUGUUCCAUGGUGGUGUUCUUUUGGGGGGAGGGGUAUGCUACUCAACGAUUAAUGGAAUCACAGCGCUGUUGGACCAGUAGUAUUUAUUGCUUUAGAGAUUGCUCGUCGAACCUGUACGUUGUCCCCUUUUAAAAUAUGUUUUCCUUUUUCUUGAAACUGUAUAAAGUUUUUUUCCCCCUUAGCAUAAGCAUCUUAUAUAUAACAACUCAUUUGUACAAGGUUUUUAAGUUUAUAUAUAAAAUGUGUAUAUAUAUAUUUUUUGUUUCCCCUUUUGGACUUUUUUUUUUUUUUUUUUUUUUUUUGCCAUAUGAAACCCAGAUGCCGCCAAAUGGACAUUAAUAGUUGCAUUAAAGGAUCAGUAGCAUUAACAAGUUGCUUUAAAAGCCAUUAUGUAAAACAAGACUUGAAAAUUAGUGAGGGAAUUUUAGCGACGCUGUAUGAGCAACAGUGGGAACUGUUCCGUUUCCCCUGUGAACUUGCAGUCGAGUGCCCUGCACCCUUAGGACAUGGACUGACUGUGUGCAAAACUUUAUGUGCCAAAAUUCUCAGUAACUUUAGCUUUCUCCCUCUUUGAUGCUGUAAUUUUUGUUCAUCAUGUUUUGCUGUGACGUUACAUAGGUAGAUUUGUAUGUAGUUUUAAUGUCACCUAUAACAAGACGUGUUUGGUAGCAGAUUGUCCAGAAAGCAUUUUAAAUGAAGAGGUAUGAACCCUUAAGGGCCAAAAUUCUGUAUAUUAGAUUACUCUUAAAGGAAAAACCAGCUGCCACUUUUAUGUAUCCCGUACGACAUACAAGUAGGUAGCAAACUUUAAAAAUAAAAAAAAAAACCUAGGCAUGUUGAUGUUACAAAAUGCUGUAUAAAGCUGAAACCUGUUCAUUCAGUGCCAUUGUAGUUGACAUGAAGCGAUUGUAAAACUGUCUCCGAUUUUUCUCUGGUUUAUUAAAAUGCUAACUAUAACAUUUUUUGUGAAUACUUUGAAUGUUUCCUAACAGUUGUGAUGUUACUGUUCCGUUUUAUGCUCUUAUUCCAAUUUCAUUUUUAAUGGUUUGGAAGCCAUUUUUGUAAUGAAUAAAUGUUCAUGCUGUACAGUAUCUGUAGCAUGCCGUUCUGGAUUAAUAAAAGCAACUUAGUAUGUGCAGAUAAA